AUGAAUCCGAAGCGACAUCAGAUGUAUAACCUCCGGGAUCUGUUUCAAUGGUCUUCUGACUACUGGAGCAGGCUACGGAGCACGGUGAAGGCACAUUUGCAUAUUGAGCCCUACUCGUUUGUUGGAUUGGUCAUCUUCGGAGCGUUUUUACUCUGUAUUUUGGUAAGAUAUAUCUUUUUACACUGAAUUAAAAUCGUUGUUAAUUUUUAUUCUGUAGUAAAAAUAUUGUAGUAGGAGCAAAAAUAUGAAAAUAUGUUUAUAAAUGACAGAAACGUAUUAAUAAUUACUACACAGAAUCUAAAAAAUUGUGAUUUUUACCCAUCAUUAUCACUUAACUCUAACCCACCCCCCGCCGUAUGUUAAGAGAACCCACCCAAACAUGGGUAUAUUGUUGUAAUGUCAGAAAGAAGAGUAUGAUACUGCGGGAUAGUCCCCGGGGAUUAUUUUAUGGGCAGAGAAAGGCCCUCGGACGUUCCUUUACUUUUAUUCGUAACAUGCAUUAUUUGCAGACAUGUAUGCCUCUGGCAUGUUGUUGUAACCGGAAGAGCAAAGGCAAUCAACGCCGAUUAACGACCAGUCGGGUAGGUAUUGUUUUAAUAUUAAUUGUGUCCUUCAGAGUAAGCAGACUGUGAAUAAUGUAAGGGACGACGAUGUUAAGACGCCAUUGUUCAGAGAGACAUCAGCUGAUGCCCUUAAGAAAGUAAGUCAAUAUCUCUUUGUUUUACUUUUAGUCUCGAGGUUAAUGCAAAUAAAGUUUCUAGUCUACUUUCAUUAUAAAAAUUUAUUUAUUAUCGAUUUUAAUCAAAGUAUUCACAAAAUACACAAUAAUGUAGUGUAAAUUUGAUUGUAGCUUCAAACCCCUCAACCCGACCGUCUUUCUCGUGAACUUCUAUUAAAGAAACACAAUAUCAGAACAGCUGAUGAAAGCCCUCCUCCGCCCCGUCGCUCAAAUGGAGGUCGUACUCUGAUAGUACCAUUAAAUGGCUCCAGCUACAGAUUAAGUAAGUACUCAAAAUAAUUCUUCUAAAGGUAAUGCCAACCCUGAAUUGGCUUAUUGACUACUUUGCACAAUGUUUGUCAUUCUUGAUGGUGUUUUAGACAGAGGACAAACAGCACCACUAUUAGGUACACCAGACAGUCGAGUAACAUCGUUUGAAGCUGGCACAACGAAGAGUUGUGCUACUAUUCCCGAAGACGACGAGCUAGAGCUGGAUGACGAAAUUACUGUAUAUAAUAAUAUAAAGACUCACGAAGUAACUGAUGACCUCAUUUCUAUUGACAGAGUAAGUUGAAAGAAGAUAUGUAUAACUUUGCGUAUUGUACUCUCUUUCAGACAACUGUAGUUACUGUAACAAAUAACUACUUUUUAAUUUUUUUUGUUAGGGGUUACCUAUACAAUAUCUUCCGUUACAGACCUAUAUAUCAAGACGUGACUGCCGAUCAAUAGUCAAUAGACCACACUAUACCUCACUCAUAGACCCUAUACCUCAACCAAUGUACAAAGUAGGCUAUUGUUAACAUACUGUAUCACGUUACAUCACUUUUCAUAGCAAGUAAUUUUAGUUUAAUCCACCAUCUUACACUCCGCCAGAACCUCCGAGACCAGAUACUGUAACCUCAACCCCUGCCAGAAGGUCCAACAUUACCAGUCAUCAUAUCACAACCUUUGGACAGUCAAAUCUUUCCAGGUAUUACCGUAUCUAUUUUUUGUUAGAUUAAUAUUUAAAUUUACAGAACAGUUAUUUAGUUAAUUUUACUUUCAGUCCGGACGCCUCUAGUCUAGGAUUAGGGUCGCUAAUGGAGACAACCGGCUCGGGAAGCUACGCGAUCACGAUGGAGAGUGAAGACAGAGCCAGAGUAUAUUAUGAUAAGGGAGAGAAGAACUUCAUCUCGGAACUGGACGAAAGCUCAGUCGAUAUUAAUUUCCGGAACGUGGUACUGCAUAGGUAAGUCUACUAUAAUAUCACUAAAAACAGCCAAAAAGUAUUAAUUUUGGUAUUGAAAAUCGCAUGAAAUGGCUACCUAUGUCGUAAACUACGUGAGUAUUAUCGUAUUAAGUGUGAGUAACACCAACUGAUUAAAUAAACCUUCAGGAUAGAAGAAGAAGAGUCCAACUUCGAAGAUCCUUCCUCCAUUGGCAGGUUCCUUGGAUCGCCCUCAGGGUCUGGACUGUCGAACAAGUAUCACAUGCCUCUGAUUGGGUCCAUGCAUCGUAUUCCCAGGUCCAUAUCACAACAACUGGAGCUGAUGAACGGCAGUCGGCUCAACAGUUAA